AAGCCUACCAAAAGCAUAAACACAUGCAAAAGAAACUGAAAUUUUCAAAGGAAAAAAAAUGUACUACUACUACUACUACUCAGCCUUCAUUCUCUUCUUUCUCUUCCUCACCAGAACAGUGCCUACCUUCACCGCACCUGAUCAUUUCCUUAAACUUUUAAAACCCCCAAAACCAGAAGUCCAGGAAUUUUUCGAGCUGACCAAUCCUCUACCGUCCGAUCACCUGACUCCCUCAUGCUCCGUCACCGUCAUCCACCAUUCAUACGCCAACACCAUCAACUCCCCUCCUUUCUCCACCCGAUACUCCCCUCCCUCCGAUUGCCCUCCCCCUUGGCCACGCGUCGUCCUCGAACUACAUGUCGCCUCCUCCGGUGAACAGUACGACCGCAUCGCCGCCAUCUGGCUCGAUGGCGCUGAGAUCCUCCGUACCAGCACGGCUGAGCCGACGGAAACCGGAAUCUUCUGGAGAGUUCGAAAGGAUAUCACUAGGUACUCUUCUCUUCUCUCGAAAUCCCAAAUUAACGCCACCAUGAUGCUUGAAAACGUCGUUAAUGACAUUUACACCGGCGUUUACCACGUUCAUGUUUCCUUCCUAUUUUACAAAGAAAACGUUAUACCUGACGAAGUUGGGAUUCCGUCGAUUAUUUCUCCGAAUAAAAAUAAUUAUAAUCUCGGCACUGCUGAUAUGGGGUUAUUCCAAACGCCGUCGGAUUUGAUAAUCCCGAUUUGCGACGAUGGACAAAGAGGGCAUUGGUUCAGGGUGAAGAGUGAAUCGGACGUUCACAUGAAGAAAGUUCGAUUUCCCAAGAAUACCCUUCAGGUCGUUUUGGAAUUAUACGCGUCGUUUCAUGGCAACGAUGAGUUUUGGUAUUCGAACCCGCCAAAUUCUUACAUCCGGUUAAACAACUUGACUACGGAGCGCGGGAACGGCGCAUUCAGGGAAGUUUUCGUGACGAUCGACAGUAAAUUCGUGGGGUCGGAGGUGGUUUUUCCGGUUGUUUUCACCGGUGGGAUCAACCCUUUAUUUUGGGAACCGGUCGUGGCUAUCGGGGAUUUUAAACUGCCUAGCUAUGACUUGGAUUUGACCCCAUUUUUGGGAUGGUUAUUAGAUGGGAAAUCUCACGAGAUUCGUAUAGGCGUCGACGAUGCGAUAUCGUUUUGGCUCGUCAAUGCGAAUCUGCAUAUCUGGUUGGACCAUGGAACUUCCAGAGUCAAAGCUAAAUCCAUUGUUUAUAACAGCCCAGCUCUUACCAUCGAACGUCAGGAGGCUUUCAGAUUGCUUGAUGGGUCAUUUCGGAUUAAAGCCAAGCGGAAAAGUGAGUUCGCCGGUUGGGUUAAGUCCAAAGCUGGCAACUUCACCACCAUUGUUUCGCAAGAGUUCAGGGUGACAAAUUUGAUAAGGUUCGACUUCAACGGAACGUACAAGGUUGUGAAACAGAGGGUUAAGGCAAAGAGGGAUUCAAGGAUUAGAGCAGAUUCCGGUAAUUUGAUCGGUCGUGCUGUUACUCGAAGGAGGUAUCCUCUCACUGUGAUUACUUCCACUGUUCCAUUGGCGCACAAGGCGGAUGAGUAUUUGCUGUUCACGAACGUUUCUCAUGCUUUGAAUGAGAGGCGAAUCAAUGGGGUUUACAAGCGUAUCGUUUACAACAGGCAGGAUUCGGAAGGGUGGAUGAAGGUCAGGGAUCAUUCUGUUCUGUCCGGCGAAGCGACCACUUGGCAGAGAUAUAAUUUCAGGGAUGAGUUCGGUUGCUAUUCCCGGACUGUUUUGGCAUUCAACGGCAAGCUUAUCGGUGACAAUACAACGUUUUCUUGUGCAGCUUCUACGUAGUUUCAGUUGUUUCCAGUGUCUCUGUGCAUUACCAAAAUUUGUUUCGAACAUUCCAAAAUUACAUUUCUUCUGUAUGAAUUUGUGUCAGCUUCAGCUUCUGUGCUUCUAUGCUUCUAUAAUGUUAUGGUGAAUAGCAUCUUAUGUAUUUUCCACUAGUAAUUUUCUAUGCAUUCCAGAUUUCUCCUCCUUUUUACUAAAUGAACGUUGAAAUUUUAUUUACUA